AAUCGAAGGAUAAAAAACCAAAAUCCGAAACCAAAUUAACUUCUUCGGACUCUGAUGAAAGCGAUAAAUCUUCUAAGAAACAAAAGAAGGAAACCAAACCCAAAUCAAAGGAUGUUAGUCCUGCUAAGAAACCCAUCGACGAUGUCAUUGAAGAACCUAAGCCAAUAGUCCAAGAAGUAGUUCAAGCUCCAAGUGUAAGCAAACCUAAAGAAGAAACCAAUGCAUUCUCUUGGGCUUCUUUGGUGAAGAAACCAGGUGAAUGGAUUGAUGAUAUUAGUCAACGAAAGAAAUCUCCUUCAAGAUUACCAGAACAAUCAACAGUCGUCGAUACAAAGGCAGAAGGUUCCACGCAAACAUGACAAACCUCAACCUGUCCAUGAUGAAACUGUAGUAGAACACAGUCAUGUUCACGAAGAGAUAAAGCCAGUUAUUAAGGAGGAAGUAGUUGAUAAAGCUCCAGAACAGGUUCCUGAAAAGACACAAGAUAGCAACACGUUAACCUGGGCUAAAAUUGCCAGUCAAAUUGAUCAUAUGACAGAUGUAGUUAAACCAAAACCUUUACCUGUUCUAACCAAGACUGCCGAAACUCCUAAGCCCAAAAAGGAAAAACUUAUUAAAGAACAAAUUCCUGUGCAAGUAUCAGAAAAGCCAUUUAAAAAAGAGAAACCUGUGCAUGAAGAAAUUAAAACAACUUCAUCCUCCUGGGCCAAUAUUGUUACUGAAUCCACUACUGACUUUAUUAAUGCUGGAAGAACUAUCAAAGACGAUAAACCUGUGAUUCGCGAGGAAGUGCCUGCUACUGAACCUGUAUCUUCAUCGUGGGCCGACAUGAUUGAUGACGCUGAUGAACCAACAUCUUGGAAAGAAAUGAUAAGUGAAGAACUUGAAAUUGAAUUGCCACAAAAUAUCAACACAUCUUUCAACAUCCAAAAAGUAAUUGAAACUGUUGAUAAAACUUUGCCAGAAACCGCAGAAGAAAUUAAAUCUAAACCUCAAGAGCCCAAACCUCAAGAGAAGAAACCAUUCUCUGCACCACUCGAACCAUUUAAAUCUUCCGAACCUAUUGUCAAAACCGAUGAUACCGAUUCCGAAAGCAAAAUAACAACAGUAGAAUCGACAACGGUUAAAACUGUAACAAUAGAAUCUACCAAACCUGAAGAAUUGACACCUGUGAAAAUUGUUGAGGAACCAAAGAAACCUGCCUAUGCUGGUCUUCCUAUUGACGAAACUUCCAAUGCUUGGAUGAAUGUUAUAGAAGAACCAAUGGUAUUCUCCGAUGAAGAGGAAGAGGUGCAAACUACAGUUACUACCAUAGAGACUACAACAACUUCCGAAGAAAAGACCACAACUGAAAAAUUAUCUCCAACAGAAGAAGUGAAACCCCAAGUGCAAGUUGCUGAAGAACCUAAGAAACCUGCCUAUGCUGGUCUUCCAAUUGAUGAAUCUUCCAAUGCUUGGAUGAAUGUUAUUGAAGAACCAAUGGUAUUCUCCGACGAAGAGGAAGAGGUACAAACUAAUGUCACAGUAGUUGAAACUAUAACAACUUCCUUAACAGAUGAGACCAAAGAGGAAUCAUGCAAGGAAGAGGAACCUAAACAAUUUACCACACCUUUAGAACCUCUAUCCGCUAAAAUAGAAACAGUUCCAGAAGAAAAACCAACCGGCACAAAAGAAAAGGAAGUACAAGAAAUCGCACCUGCAGCUAUAUCUGGACCUAAGAAACCUGCCUAUGCUGGUCUUCCAAUUGAUGAAUCUUCUAAUGCUUGGAUGAACGUGAUUGAGGAACCUAUGGUAUUCUCGGAUGAAGAAGAAGAGGUGCAAACUACAGUUACUACCGUAGAAACUACUACAACUAGCGAAGAAAAGGCAACAUUUGUAUCAGAACAACUUAAGGAAUCCCAAGAAAAACCAAGUGAAGAUAAACCAGUUAAAACAGAAGCAGUUGAAACUAAAACAACAGUUUCUGAAAAGCCAUUCACUUCGCCUUUGGAGCCUUUGACUGAUAAACCUAUAACCGUAGAUGAACCAAAAGAGAAUGCCGAAAAGACACCUGAAAACAUAUCUCAAACUGAAGAAGUAAAACCCCAAGUACAAGUUGCUGAAGAACCUAAGAAACCUGCAUAUGCCGGUCUUCCAAUUGAUGAAUCUUCUAAUGCUUGGAUGAACGUCAUUGAGGAACCAAUGGUAUUCUCAGAUGAAGAGGAAGAGGUGAAAACUACAGUUACUACAGUAGAGACAACAACAACCACAGAAGAAAAAACCACAACCGAAAAAUUACCUCAAACUGAAGAAGUAAAACCCCAAGUACAAGUUUCUGAAGAACCUAAGAAACCCUCCUAUGCUGGUCUUCCAAUUGAUGAAUCUUCUAAUGCUUGGAUGAAUGUUAUUGAGGAACCAAUUGUAUUCUCAGAUGAAGACGAAGAGGUGCAAACUACAGUUUCUACCGUAGAAACUACUACAACCACCGUAGAAAAGACAACAUUCGUAUCAGAAGAGCCUAAGGAAUCCAAAGAAGAAGAAGAUAAACCAACUAAAACAGAAGCAGUUGAAACUAAAACAACAGUUUCUGAAAAGCCAUUCACUUCGCCUUUGGAACCUUUGACUGAUAAACCUAUAACCGUAGAUGAACCAAAAGAGAAUGUUGAAAAGACACCUGAAAAUAUACCUCAAACUGAAGAAGUAAAACCCCAAGUACCAGUUGCUGAAGAACCUAAGAAACCUGCCUAUGCUGGUCUUCCAAUUGAUGAAUCUUCUAAUGCUUGGAUGAACGUCAUUGAGGAACCAAUGGUAUUCUCAGAUGAAGAGGAAGAGGUGCAAUCUACUGUCACCACGGUAGAAACUACAACAACCACUGAAGAAAAGAUCUCAACCGAAAAAUUACCUCAAACUGAAGAAAUAAAACCCCAAGUACAAGUUUCUGAAGAACCUAAGAAACCCGCAUAUGCUGGCCUUCCAAUUGAUGAGUCUUCUAAUGCUUGGAUGAAUGUCAUUGAGGAACCAAUUGUAUUCUCAGAUGAAGACGAAGAGGUGCAAACUACAGUUUCUACCGUAGAAACUACUACAACCACCGUAGAAAAGACAACAUUCGUAUCAGAAGAGCCUAAGGAAUCCAAAGAAGAAGAUAAACCAACUAAAACGGAAGCAGUUGAAAUUAAAACAACAGUUUCUGAAAAGCCAUUCACUUCGCCUUUGGAACCUUUGACUGAUAAAUCUAUAACCGUAGAUGAACCAAAAGAGAAUGUUGAAAAGACACCUGAAAAUAUACCUCAAACUGAAGAAGUAAAACCCCAAGUACCAGUUGCUGAAGAACCUAAGAAACCUGCCUAUGCUGGUCUUCCAAUUGAUGAAUCUUCUAAUGCUUGGAUGAACGUCAUUGAGGAACCAAUGGUAUUCUCAGAUGAAGAGGAAGAGGUGCAAUCUACAGUUACUACAGUAGAGACUACAACAAGCACCGAAGAAAAGAUCACAACUGAAAAAUUACCUCAAACUGAAGAAGUAAAACCCCAAGUACAAGUUGCUGAAGAACCUAAGAAACCCGCCUAUGCUGGUCUUCCAAUUGAUGAAUCUUCUAAUGCUUGGAUGAACGUCAUUGAAGAGCCAAUGGUAUUCUCAGAUGAAGAGGAAGAAGUACAAACUACAGUUACUACCGUUGAAACUAUAACAACCACUGAAGAAAAGACCACUACUGAAAAAUUACCUCAAAUUGAAGAAGUUAAACCUCAAGUUCCAGUUGCUGAUGAACCUAAGAAACCUGCCUAUGCUGGACUUCCAAUUGAUGAAACAUCUAAUACAUGGAUGAGUGUCAUUGAGGAACCAAUGGUAUUAUCCGAUGAUGAAGAGGUCCAAACUGUUGUUACUGCCGUAGAAACUGUAAAUAUUGUUGAUGAAAAGACAACAGUUGUAACAGAAUCUAAGGAAACACCUAAAGUAGAAGAAGUCCGCCAAAUGGUUCCAGAAGAACCAAAGAAAACUGCUUACGCUGGACUUCCUAUCGAUGAAUCUUCCAACGCUUGGAUGAGUGUCAUUGAGGAACCGAUGGUAUUUUCGGAUGAUGAGGAAGAAGUACAAACUACUGUUACCACUGUUGAGACAGUUACAACAACAGUAACUGAACAACCCAUUCAAGAAUCAGUUAAAAUUGAUGAAAAGCAAACAGUAAUUACUGAGCCAGUUACUAAGGAGCCUAAGAAAUCCACUGAUGAAGAAAAGGUUGUAACAGAAACUACAACUGUUGACAAGCCCUUCACUUCUCCAUUGGAACCAUUAAGCGAUAACUUAGUGGAUGAGCCAACUCAAUCUGAAGAGGUAAAACUUCAAGAAGUAAUUCCUGUUGAACCAAAGAAACCUGCCUAUGCUGGUCUUCCCAUUGAUGAAUCUUCAAAUGCUUGGAUGGACGUCAUUGAGGAACCAAUGGUGUUCUCUGAUGAAGAGGAAGAAGUGAAAACACAAACAAUGGUUGAAACAAUUACAACCGUUGAAGAAAAGACAACUGUUGUAAGUGAAAAACCAGAGGAACCUAAGAAACCUGCUUAUGCUGGCCUUCCCAUUGAUGAGUCUUCAAAUGCUUGGAUGGAUGUCGUCGAUGAACCUAUGGUUUUGUCCGAUGACGAAGAACAGAAGAAACCUGAAACUGUAGUUUCCGAAAAACAAUUUACUGUCCCCUUGCAACCAAUAGACAAUGUCAAGUCUGUCGAAGACCAUAAACAGGUAUCACCAGAUACUCAACAACCCAGCAAAGUUGUCACUACAGAUAGUAUUACCAGUACAACUACACAGUCUUGGGCUUCUAUUGUCUUACAAAACCAAGAAACUGAAGAAGUAACUAAGGUUAUUAAAACCGACAAACCAAGUAAAAAGGAAGCUAAGAAGGAUGUUAAACCUGUUGAAAAUAUCGAAACAACAGUUAUCCAUGAUUCAGAACCGGUACCAAGCAAAAAGGAACCUAAGAAGGAUAUUAAACCUGUAGAGAAGGUACAAACUGUUGAAAAGGUUGAAACAACAGUUGUCCAUGAUUCUGAACCGGUAUCAAUUACUUCAGCAUUUGACAUGCCUGAAUUGAAUGUUUCUUGGAAAGAAAACGACAAUGUUGACAACGUGGUAGAAACAAUCGAAAGCACUUCUUUGCCAACUGAAAAGCCUGCCAUAUCCUUUACAUCUUAUGCAGAUAUUCUUAAACACACUUCACAAUUCAUUGAUUUAGAAAAGCAAAACACACACAAAACUACAGAGUCUACAGUUACAGAAGUAGAUAAAUCUAUCAAAAAGGAAGAAGUGUCGCAUAAGGUUGAAAAGACCAAAAAAGAAAAAUCCAAAAAGACAGACAAGAAGAAGGAUGAUAAACACAAAAAGGAAGAGGUGGUGGAAGAGCAAAAACCUGUACCACAGGAUACCUUUGAGAUUGUGGAUCAUAAAGUUUCUGAAACAAUCGAAGAAACUCAUACAGUUGAAACUAGUACGGUUGUCAGUGAAAUUCCUUCCACUAUUACAACUACUAUGUCUUGGUCUUCAAUUGUUCAACAACCUGCAGCUCCUAUCGAGCAACCCAAAGAACAAGAUGAGAAACCGGAGGAAAAAUUACCUGCUCCAACAGCUCCUGUAGAAAAAGAAAAUGUUGAGACCAAGAAGAAGAAGCCUAAGAAGGAGAAGAAAGAGAAACCUAAACAAACUCAUCAAAAGACCAAACCCGAAAAGGAGAAUAUAGUGGAAGAGGAAGUUGUUAUCACAACAGUUGGACCAGAGAUUUCCGAGAAAACUGAAGAAAUGACAACUUCUUCUACAACAGUAACUUCUGUUACCACAUCUACAAUAUCUUGGUCCUCUAUUUUGCAACAAGCUCCUGAACCAGUUCCCGAAGAACCUAAGUCAAAACCAAUUGUGGUUCAUACUGAAACCAAGAAGGACAAAAAACAACCAGUUAAACCCAAAGAAAAGCCUCAGAAACAAAUUUCUCCCAAGAAGAUUGUUGAAAGCGAGCCUAAUGUUGAGGAAGCUGUAGAGGAACCAGAAGUUACUACUCCAACAACUCCUGAACUUCCCUCUUCUACAACAACUGUAUCACAAACAGAUACUGUUACAACAUUGUCUUGGUCAUCUAUACUUCAACAAGCCUCAGAACCAGUAGUUGAAGACAUUCCAGUGCCAACUGAAAGUACCACCGUCAAACCAAAGAAAGACAAGAAAGCUACCAAUAAGAAACAUAAACCCGAAACUAAAGAGCCAACUAAAGUUGAACAUAAAGAACCAACUAAAGUUGAACCCAAGGAGCCAACUAAAGUUGAACCCAAGGAGCCAACUAAAGUUGAACCCAAAGAGCCAACUAAAGUUGAAACUGAAGAGUCAGCCAAGGAUGUUCCUGAACCAGUAACUCUUAAAGAGACUGUUGAAAUUUCAACAACUACUAUUACACAAAACAUUGAUCAGUCUACCGGAAAAAUGUCCUGGUCUGCCAUACUACAACAAGCUGUCGAACCAAGUCCCGAAGAAUUGCGCAAACUAGAGCCUGUGGAUGAAAUUAAAUCUCCCGAUACUGAAAAGCCUCAUGUAGAGCAUAAGAAGGAUAAAAAACCCCAUAAGAAGGAAAAGAAACAACAUCCAAGAAAGCACGCCGUCGAAACUGUUGAGGAUCAAGUUAAGAAGGAACAUGAUGUCGUACCGGUUGAACACACUACCCAACCAGAGCCCGUAGUUAAUGUUGAAGAAGUUAUUACUACACAAACUACAUUGGAAGAAAAACAUGAGGCUCCUAAAUUCACCGGAUUAUCUUGGUCCGCUAUUGUUAGCCAACCCGUCGUAGACGAACCCGUCACUACAGAAACUAAAAAGCCUACAACAAAUGUUUCUGUUACGGAAACUGUUGAACGUAAAUUACCACAAGAGAAACCAAAACGUGAUAGGUCCAAGAAGAAGUUUAACGACAAACCCGUCAAAACACAACAAGUUCCAACUGAUGUCAUUCCUCAAGACGAUCAAGUCGAUGAGUCCACUGAUUUGCAAGAAAAGAAAAUUAUCAUUGAAACACCAAAAUCUAAUGACGUUUUCGAUAAACCUUGGUCAGAGCUAGUAAGUGACGAUGAAUGGGAAGACAAUGUGACAAGUACGACUGUGAUAACAACCACAACAACAACUGAAACUACUCAACAGCCCCAAGAAAAACCUGAGGGUAGUUCAUUCAAAUCAUGGUCAGAUAUUUUGAAGGAGAAUAUUAACCAAACUUUUGUGGACACAACCACUAAGAAGACUUUCGAUACUAAAAAGAAAACAACCGAUUUCAUUCAACAAGAAAAACAAAUGCAACCUCAUCGCGUGGAAAAGGUUAAAAAGGAAAAGUUAGUAAUGGAACAUGUUGGAGAACCCAUUUUCCAUGUUGGAGAACCCAUUACAGAAAAAGACAAACAAUCCAAACCUAAGAAGGAAAAGAAACAUAAGACACAUAAGAAACCUGAGGUUCUGGUCGAUGAAGAAAAGUUAGUCUUGACCCAUGUUGAGAAUGUUGAAGAUCAAAAGAAAUCUUCGGAGAGUGUAACUGAAAGUACUACUGUAACAACAACAACUACUACUUUUGAAGAAAAGAAAUCAUGGGCUGAUAUUCUUAACGAAGACGAAGAUGAACCACUUGAAAUUCCUGAAAAACCAUAUACUGCACCACUUCAACCAUUCAAACCUGUAGAGGAAAGUGUUUCAGAAGUUGUAGAAAAACCAGUUGAUGUUGUUGAUGACGUUAAAACUGUCAACGACAUUACUAAGGAAGAACAAACAAUAGUUAUACAUAAAGAAGACAUAUUGACUGAAACCGAAAUUCCUACAGAAGAACCAGUUAAUGUGCCUGAAGAAAAGAUUGAAACACAAACUAUUGUUACUGUCACUGAAGACGAAAAAACUGAAACUCAAACUAUUGUCACUACUAGUGAAGAAGUGUCGAUUGUCGAAGAAACAACCAAAAUAUCUCAGGAGAUCAAGGAAACUUCUGAAGAGGAAGUGAAGCCUGAACCUACUUCAGAAAUUAAAUCUAUUGGAAGUGAUGAUGUUGACAAGCAGUUUACAGUUCCUUUGCAACCAAUUGAAUCUAUUGUUGAUGAAGCAGUCAAACAACCAGAACCCACAGUUGAGACAGAAUCUGCCGCUACUGUAGAGGAACCAUCUUUGGCUGAUGAUAAGCCACAACAGGUUGAAUUGGAGGAAACAGACAUUGAAAUUGCUACCGAGGCAUUUGAAGAAACUAAAGAUUCCAAAUUAACUCAAGAAGACAGCGAACAGAAACCUAAAGACCUUACAGUCGAAGAAACUGUUAAAGAAGUAAUUACAGAAACAACACAAAUUUUAGACAUCGAACAGGUUGUAGAGAAAAUAGAAGAACAAAAGUCUACCAUUGAAGUAGAUGUUUCUCCUGAAGUACCAGAAGAAAAGACUGAUAUGAAGGAUGUAUCACCAGUGGUCGAAGCCUCCCAACCAGAGGAACCAACUGUAACAGCUCAAGACUUGGUCGUCGAACCAGCUGUAGAGCAAGUAGAAGAUCAUAAACCUACAACUGAAGUUAGCGAAGUUCAAAAUGAGGAAACUACAUCAGAAAUUUUGGAACAUACUGAACAUACAUACUUAAGAUCUUGGUCAGCUGCAGCAGCAGAAGUUGAGCAGCAACUUUAUACUGGAUAUAAGCCUCGUGAAGUUACUCCACCUAUUCAGGAACAUCACGAGCCUGAAGAACAAAGACAAAUAACAGAAAUUGUGCUCCAAAAUAUCCAAGAGAUAUCAACUAAGGUAUCUGAUGAAAAACUUCCCGAAGAAAAGCAGCCUGAAAAGGAAGAAUUCUUCGAAGAAAAGGUUGAUGUCAUUACCCAUGAAUCCGAGGAACAAACGAUGACAACUGAAGUACAAAAGCAAACAACAGAAGUUGUAACUAUUCAGGAAACGUCUACUAUUGUAACUGAGAAACUACAGAAGGAAGAUGUUUCUGUUGAAGAUAAAAUAGAGGUUAUUCCUCAUGAACAACCUAAAGAACCUGAGGAACAACCACAAACAACUGAUGUUGUAUCUUCUGAAGAACAAAAACUAACAACAGAAGUUCCAACUGUUCAAGAAACACAACCCGAAAAGGAAGAUAAGAAUGAUGUUAUUUCUCACGAUAAACCUCGAGAUCUUGAAGAACAAACAGUGACAACCGAAGUUAUUGUUACUGAAACUUCUACUGUUGUAAUUGAGAAAACUCAAAAGGAAGAAGAUUCCGUAGAAGACAAGAAGACCGUAUCUCCUCAAGAACAAACCAAAGUACCUGAGGAACUUCCUCAAACAAUUGAAGUUACAUCUUCGGAAGAACCAAAACAAACAACAGAAGUUGUAACUAUGGAAGAAAAUAUCGUAGAAGAGAAGAAAGAACAGCCCAAACAAUCUGAAGGACAACUUCAGACAACAGAGGUUGUAAUCUCUGAAAAACAAACCAUUGAAACAGUAACUACCCAAGAAGACAAUCAACUACCCAAAAAGAAGAAGGAAAAGAAACCUAAAAAGGAAAAACAAACCGUAGAAGAUAAGACUCCUCAAGAACACCUAGAUGAACCCCAAGAAACAACAAAACCAGUUGAAAAAUUACCAACUGCGCCAGUAGCAUCACCGUUAACCAUGUCCUGGGCUGCAAUGUUGAAAGAUAACUUAAGUUCAGACCAACUUCCUAAGGCUGAUAUUAAAAAUCAAACUGCCGACUUCAUUCAAGGUGAAUCUCUAACUGAAAAGAUCCACGAUGUGAAACCACAAAAGGAAAGUGAAAUUAUCUCUUCAGUACCUGAAGUUGUUGAGGAAACUCAACUCAUUGAGGAAACAACUGUUACAGUAUCAGAUGAACACCAACUUCCCAAAAAGAAGAAAGAAAAGAAACCUAAAAAGGGAAAACAAUCUGUAGAAGAGAACAUUACUCAAGAUCACCAAUAUGAACCUAAAGAAACAAAGGAAGUACCAGAAGUGACAAAAUCCAAACAAUUUGAGGAUGAUAAAUUACCUAAAGAGCCAACAUCAGCACAAUUCACUAUGUCUUGGGCAGCUAUGUUAAAAGAUAAUUUGAGUUCUGAAAAACUUCCUAAAGUUGACAUCAAACACCAAACUAUGGACUUUAUACAGGGUGAGACUCUUGUAGAAAAGACAGUUGAAGAUGUGAAACCUAUUGAAAAGGAAACUGAAGUUGUUUCACCUGUUGAAUUGCCAGUAGAUGAAGUUAGUCACGAGCACGUUGAGGAAACUCAACAUAUUGAAGAUACGAUUGUAACAGAUGAACACCAGCUUCCCAAAAAGAAGAAAGAAAAGAAACCUAAAAAGGGAAAACAACCCGUUGAAGAUAAAACUCCUCUAGUAGAUCAAAAUGAACCUGAAGAACAAACGCAUACAACGGAAGUGUUUGAAUCUAAACAAUUUGUUGAUGAUAAAUUGCCUACUGCACCAACAACUUCUCCAUUCACUAUGUCCUGGGCUGCCAUGUUAAAGGAUAAUUUGGAACAACAGCCUAAGCAAGUAGAUGUUAAGUCUCAGCCUAUGGAAUCUGUACAAACUCAAUCUCUGGAACGUGAUGAACCUCAGCACUCAGUCGUUGAGGAAAUUACACAACAACUGUCGGAAGUAGUUACAGAGGAAAUUACUGUGGUAGAUGACACUCAACUUCCUAAAAAGAAGAAGGAAAAGAAGUCUAAGAAGGGAAAAGAACCUAUCGAAGAAGAAAUAAAAUCUCAUGAACCAGUACAACAACCUGAAGUUCUUCCUGAGUCUCAGAUGACAGAAGUUGCUUCUCAGCAUAUUGAAGAAAUAUCGGAUACGGCAACGGAUGACAGUCAACUUCCUAAAAAGAAGAAGGAAAAGAAACCUAAAAAGGAAAAACCAUCUAUGGAAGAUAAGACUGCUCCAGAGCCUGAAGAACCUAAACAAACAGAUGAAAUUGUCGCACCACAACCAACGCCUUCGGUACCAACUUCAACACCGUUUACUGUAUCUUGGGCUGCAAUGUUGAAGGGUUCAGAACAAACACCUAAACCUGACAUUAAACAUCAAACUGCAGCUUUUAUCCAAUCUGAAGUACAACAACCUCACAGAGAAGAUGCAAAACCAAAAUUGCCUACAACUGAAACCAUUCAAGAUAAUGUAGUUGUUGAAAGUGUCGUUGAGGAAACUCAACACACAGAGAAAAUAACAGUUACAGUAUCAGAUGAUAAUGAGCUUCCUAAAAAGAAAAAGGAAAAGAAGCCUAAACAGGAAAAACCAACAGAUGAGGAACAGCCAACAGAGGAACAAGCACAACCAGAGGUUGUUACACAAGAAGCAGUUACGCUUUCAGAAGAUAGUCAGCUACCUAAAAAGAAGAAAGACAAGAAAUCUAAAAAGGAGAAAGAAAAUGUACAGGAGCCUGAGGAACAAAAGCCAACAGAAGUUCCUACCCCAACACCUGUACACGUUGUUGAGGAUAAACAGCAAACUACAUCGACAACAACUAUGUCCUGGGCUACGAUGUUAAAGGAGAAUUUGAAUUCAGAACAAGUUCCCAAACACGACAUUAAACAUCAAAUUGUAGAGUUUAUCCAGUCGGAAACACAUCAAGUCCACAAAGAAGAUGUAGAACCUACAUCCAUUGAAAAUGUAGAACCUCAACACAUCGAAACUAGUGAAGAAAGCGAAACUGUAAAUGUUAUCUCUCAUAAAUUGCCCGUAGCUGAAAAGACACAAGAACGUAAUGUCAUUGAAAGUGUAGUUGAAGAAGUUCAUGUAACAGAUGUUGUGACAGAAAGUACUCCAGAAUCUGAGGACAAAGAACAACACAAAAAGAAGAAGGAAAAGAAACCUAAGAAGGAAAAACCCUCCACUGAAGAGAAACAACCUGAAGAGCAAAAACAAACAACAGAAGUUGUUAUUCCUGAACCUAAACAGUUUGUUGAUGAUAAACCACAAACUACAUCGACCACAACUAUGUCCUGGGCUGCGAUGUUGAAGGAAACUGAAGAUGUAGAACCUAAAAUUACUGAAACUGCAGAACCUCAACACAUUGAAUCUAGUGAGGAAAGGGAAACAGUAAAUGUUACUCCUAGUGAAUUGCCCGUUGCUGAAAAGACCCAAGAUCGUAAUGUCGUUGAAAGUGUAGUUGAAGAAGUUCAAGUAACAGAAGUUGUGACAGAAAGUGUUCCAGAAUCUGAUGAUAAAGUACAACCCAAAAAGAAGAAGGAAAAGAAACCUAAGAAGGAAAAACCUUCCACUGAAGAGAAACAACCUGAAGAGCAAAAACAAACAACAGAAGUUGUUAUUCCUGAACCUAAACAGUUUGUUGAUGAUAAACAACAAACUACAUCGACCACAACUAUGUCCUGGGCUGCGAUGUUGAAGGAAACUGAAGAUGUAGAACCUAAAAUUACUGAAACUGCAGAAGCUCAAAACAUUAAAUCUAGUGAGGAAAAGGAAACAGUAAAUGUUAUUCCUGAUGAAUUGCCCGUAGCUGAAAAGACACAAGAACAUAAUAUCGUUGAAAGUGUAGUUGAAGAAGUUCAAGUAACAGAAGUUGUGCCACAAACUGUUCCAGAAUCUGAGGACAAAGAACAACCCAAAAAGAAGAAGGAAAAGAAACCUAAGAAGGAGAAAAAAUCCGCUGAAGAGAAACAACCUGAAGAGCAAAAACAAACAACAGAAGUUGUCAUUCCUGAACCUAAACAAUAUGUUGAUGAUAAACCACAAACAACAUCAACAACAACUAUGUCCUGGGCUGCGAUGUUGAAGGAGAAUUUGAGUUCAGAACAAGUUUCUAAACCUGACAUUAAACAUCAAACUGUAGAUUUUAUAAAAUCUGAAACCCAACAAGUCCAAAAAGACCAUGUAGAACCAAAAUUCAUUGGUACUGUAGAACCUCAACACGAAGCACCUCAAGACAUUGAAUUUAGUGAAGAAACUCAAGAUCGUAACGUCAUUGAAAGUGUAGUUGAAGAAGUUCAAGUAACAGAAGUUGUGACAGAAAGUACUUCAGAAUCUGAGGGCAAAGUACAGCCUAAAAAGAAGAAGGAAAAGAAACCUAAGAAGGAAAAACCAUCCACUGAAGAUGAAACUACUCAAGAGAAACAACCUGAAGAGCAAAAACAAAUUUCAGAAAUUGUCACACCAGAACCUCAACAGUUUGUUGACGAUAAAUCACAAACUUCUUCGACAACAACUGUGUCCUGGGCUGCGAUGUUGAAGGAACCUGUAGAUGUAGAACCUAAAAUUACAGAAACUGUAGAACCUCAACACAUUGAAUCUAUUGAGGAAACAGUAAAUGUUAUUCCUUGUGAAUUGCCUGUACCUGAAAAGACAGAAGAACAUAAUAUCGUUGAAAGUGUAGUUGAAGAAGUUCAAGUAACAGAAGUUGUUACAGAAAGUAUUCCAGAAUCUGCGGACAAAGAACAACCCAAAAAGAAGAAGGAAAAGAAACCUAAGAAGGAGAAACCAUCCUAUGAGGAGAAACAACCUGAAGAGCAAAAACAAACAACAGAAGUUGUCAUUCCUGAACCUAAACAGUUUGUUGAUGAUAAACCACAAACUACAUCGACAACAACUAUGUCCUGGGCUGCGAUGUUGAAGGAGAAUUUGACUUCAGAACAAUUUCCUAAACAUGACAUUAAACAUCAAACUGUAGAUUUUAUCAAAUCUGAAAGACAGCAGGUUCAUAAAGAAGAUGUAGUAGAACCUAAAUCCCAACACGAAGAACCACAACACACUGAAUUUAGUGAAGAAAGGGAAAUAGUUAACGUUAUCUCUGAGACACAGGAACGUAAUGUCAUUGAAAGUGUAGUUGAGGAAGUUCAAGUAAGAGAAGUUGUGACUGAAAGUACUCCAGAAUCUGAAGGCAAAGUACAGCCUAAAAAGAAGAAGGAAAAGAAACCUAAGAAGGAAAAACCAGCCACUGAAGAUGAAACUCCCCAAGAGAAACAACCUGAAGAGCAACAACAACCAACAGAAAUUGUCACAUCAGAACCUCAACAGUUUGUUGAUGAUAAAUCACAAACUACUUCGACAACAACUGUGUCCUGGGCUGCGAUGUUGAAGGAAACUGUAGAACCUCAACAUGACGAACCCCAACACAUUGAAUCUAUUGAGGAAAGGGAUACAUUAAAUGUUAUUCCUGAUGAAUUGCCCGUAGCUGAAAAGACACAAGAACAUAAUGUCAUUGAGAGUGUUGUUGAAGAAGUUCAAGUAACAGAAGUUGUGACUGAAAGUACUCCAGAAUCUGAAGGCAAAACACAACACAAAAAGAAGAAGGAAAAGAAACCUAAGAAGGAGAAACAAUCUGAAGAACAAAAACACACAACCGAAGUUAUCACACCAGAACCUAAACAGUUUGUUGAUGAUAAACCACAAACUACAUCAGCAACAACAACAACUCAAUUUACUAUGUCUUGGGCUGCAAUGUUAAAGGAAAAUUUGACUUCGGAACAAGUUCCAAAGGAUGAUAUCAAACGUCAAACUACAGAUUUUAUUAAAUCUGAAAUGCAACAACCCGCAGAACCUGUAUCAGAAAAGAUGGAUUUAGUUCCAGAAGUACCUGCAGAAACUACAGUUGAAGAAGGAAUUGAUCAACCUGUUGAACCUCAAUCGCAAUCAGCUGAAGAACCUCAAUACCCAGAUGUUAGUCAAACUGAGGAAAUUCCUCAUGUUGAAACUGUUGAAUUAACACCAGCUGAAGACAGUCAACAGAUUGUUGUUGUCGAAACAGUCGUUGAGGAAAUUCAACACGUCGAGGAACCUAAAGAGACGAAGACAGAAAAUCUGGAGGAAAUUGUUGUUGAACCAGAAGUUGAGCCAAAGAAGAAGUCCAAGAAAACAAAGGUUAAACAACCAGAAGCCAAAUUGGAUGUGCAGCAAGAACAUGUUUCUCCAGCGGAAAUUGUCAUACCACUUCCAAAACCAACAGCUCCACCCCAAUCUGUAUGGUCUUUGUCUGAAACUUAUGCCGAAGUUGUAAGAAAAUCUGGACUUACGGAUGAAGGAAAGGUUCACUAUGUUACUGAAUUCUCUAAGGAGACAACUGCACCCAAACGGGAUGACGUUAAGCCAUUGAAAUCAGAUGUCAAACAUGAUGAUCCUGUUGCCAUAGAAACUCCCGCUGCAUUGCCCGAACAUACAGAAAGUGUAACCGAAGUUUCAGAAUCAUUCCCUGAAUCUACUGAAAUGGUCUCAGCAAUUGAAAGAAUUGUAACUGACCUUAAAGAAGACGAAGAAUGGAUACCUUCUGAGGAGCCAACUUCAAUGAGUUGGCGUGAUAUGGUAGAAUCUGAUAACGAGCAACCUUUGUCACCUACAGAACCCACACCAUGGUCUGCAAUAGUGCAAAGAACUCCCGUAGAGGAAACAUUUAAUGUUUCGUCUACCACAACUGAAACUAUAACUACUACGGUUACCACUUCAACCAGACCAUCGCGUAAAGAACAACGUCCUACCAUUAAGGUUACCGAAGCUCCAGAAGAACAACAAAUUGAUUUACCACAAUCUCCAGAAUGGCAAACAGUAAGAACAAGAUCUCGUUCAAACUCAAAUAGAUCAAGAUCUCGUUCAAACCAAUCAAGAAAAUCCGACAAGAAAUUGCCUAAAUCCAAACCUCAAAAGGAAAUCGAAAAGGAUACCAACCUUAAGCAGUUCCAAGUCGUAGAAACUGAGGUAAUAACAAAGACUGAAGAAAUUGUGACAGAGCCUACAGUAGCCACUGCAGAAGUCGAUAAAUCUAAUGUGGUGGAAGAGCCUAAGGAAACAACUCCAGUAGUACAACCUGGUCUUUCAUGGGCAGCCAUAGCAGCACAAAAUGUUCCAAAACCAGAACAGAAAAUACGUGUUAUCACCGAAACCGAAAAGAUUCAAACUACUGUUAGCGAAAAAGUUCCAAUGCCAACACAUGAAAAGCCUUUGAUCAGCGUUAAAAUUGAACCUGAAAGAAAGGAAAAGAAACCUAAACAAAAAUCUAAAAAGAAGACAGAACACAGUGUUUCGCCCAGUAGAAGAACUCUUCUCGAGGAAGUUUCGAAACCUAAAGAAGUUGUUACAACAAAGAAAACUCCCGUUGAAGAAGCUCACGUAGCUGGUAAAACUGUUGAAGUUGCCGCAAAACCUGAAGAAGUUGUUCAACACGAAGAUGUCGAAAAAGAACUAUUGAGCGUUGUUCAACCAACUGCUGAAACUUCAAGUGCCAACGAUUCAUUGACAGAAUUUUUGAACCAAGAAAGGGAAUCUCAGGAUAGUGGAUUUAUAGCACAAACUUCUUACUGGUCUGCUACAUUAAAACGUGAUCACAGAUCAAAGACUCCCGAGAAGAUAGCUAUACCUGAACCAGAUGACACCAUCAGUGAAAUUCCUGUAAUUUCACCCACAGAAACACCAAAAUCCUGGGCUGCUCUUGUAAAUACCGAAGAAACUGUCUAUGAUGAACCCAAGAUAAUCGAAUCGGUAACAGAAACAGAGCCUGCAACAGAAGAAGAAACUUUGUCAUCCAAACCCAGCGAUGUUACAACUGUAGACCAUAAAGUUAAAGAAAUUGAAGUGGAAGAAACAGUUGUUAUUACUAGCGAAGAAACGGUCAAGGAUGAACUGAAGAUUGAGGAACCGGUGACAGAAGUUGAAAGUGUAACAGAACUUGUAGCUGAAACUGAAGCUUCUAAAAAACCGGAAGAAUUUAUUGAAACUGAAGAUAUUGUUUCCAAAAUUAUUGAAGAAACGGUAGUAAUAAACACCGAAGAAGCUGUCAGAGAACAACACAAGACCAUAGAACCAGUUUUGGAAGCUGAAAUUCCACACGAAAUUGAAGCUCCUACCAAACCAAAAGAAGUCGUUGAACCUGAAGAUCUUGUAGAAACUAUUGGUGUAGUCACCGUCGAUAAGGAGUUAUUGACAGAUGCUCUAACAACGGACAGUGAUAAAACACCAGUUCCAGAACAACUCCCUGAAGGCCAACCACAACCGGAUGAUGCUUUUGUUUCACAAACAUCAUAUUGGACAGCGACAUUGAAGCCAGAGCAAAAGGAGAAACCUCUCGAACUAGUUAUUCAACCAGUCGAGGCAGCUGAAAUUCCCGUAGAAUCUCCCACAGAAACUCCAACUUCAUGGUCGGCUCUCAUUAAAACCGACGAAACAGUUUAUCCACAACAGGAGAAAUUGCCAGAAGAAGAUGAACCUGUUUCCUGGUCAUCGGUGGUGGUUAGCAAAUUAACUGAUUUCCAAGAACCAAAACAACAAACUGAAGAACCAACUGAACAACAAGAUUCCCAAAUAUAUCUUACCACAACUGUAACAACACACAAAGAUCUGCCAGUCGAAGAGACUGAAGAACCUACAACUUAUGUAACUUCCAGCACUGUUACAACACACAAGGAAGUGCCAAUCGAAACACCGGAUGAAACUACAACUUAUCUAACUUCAACAACAGUAACCACACACAAGAAUCUUCCUAUUGAAACCACGGAAGAAUCUUCAUCGUAUGUUACUACAACCGUUACCAGUCACAAAUAUACGACUGAGGAAAACGUAGACAAUCAAUCGUCAUCGUACGUUUCAACGGUAGUCACUACACACACAGAACCCUCAGUGAUACCAGAAGUGACAACAACCGAAACCGAAACAAUACCCCAUGAUGAAUGGGUAGUAGUAUGUGAUGAUGAAAUCAAGGAAUUGCAACAGGAUGAAUUAAAAUAUAAUCUUUAUCAGGAAGUCAAUAAGUAUUGGACUACAAAAUAUGAAACCUACGAAUACGCGCUCCAAGAACAACAAGCUAAAGAUAAUGUAAGUGCCAACGUCAAUGGCGAACAGCUCUCUAUUGUCGAAAAUAAGUGUGAUAUAAAUGAAACACAAUCAGUGCCUUCUGAAACACCACUCGUUAGUAGUAGUGCUUCCGAUAUUCCUACAGCUCAAGAGGAUAUUAAACCUUUACUUAUGGGUGAAAAUCCUCUAUUGCGCAAUCUAUUUGCCGAUAAUUUCCUUAAACUUGUCUCUUAUUAUCAACUUGUCUCGCGCUAUGAAGCCUAUUUAUCAAAAUUAGUAGUAACUGAAACGCUUAGCGAUACCACGGCUAUUGUUGUUAAGACCCUAGUGGAACCUAAAAUACUAACUGAAGCUACGGCUAUAGAUAAGACUGAAGAACCGCAAAUGACCUCUGACAUUGUGAAAAAGACUGAUGUUGAGCUAACAGCUGAAGUUAAACUAGACUCUGGUAGUGGUAGUGAAAACGUAGAUGAUUUAUAUUAUAAUUUAUCUUUGGAUAGUUGGCCCACAAAUGACAUUAAGUCCCGGGAAAAGCAAAGUGUUUUAGAAAACGAAAAAUUACUUAGUGAAUUGGAAAGUUUGAAAAAAUCCCAGGUUAAGGACAAACAAGACCUAUUAGAUGAUGUUAAAAAGACAGACAAUGACAAGCGGGACGAUGAUGAUGAUGAUGACGACGAUGACGAGGACGACGAAAGUGGUGCCCAACGUACAGACUUACCAGAAAUACGUAAACCCAAGGAUGAUGAUGAUCAUAAGGGUGGUCCCAGUAGUGAUAGCAGUGGUCAUGUCACCCCCACACCUGAACAUGAUAUGAAUAAGGGCGGUUAUCAGGGCUCUUGCUCUUCACAAUAUAUGUCCACCGAUUUACCCGGUGGUAUAGGCCAUUGGCGCGAUCAAAGUUCUUAUCUAGCUUUAGAGGGUGAUAACGCUAAAAUCUUAGAUGAAGUUAUUUUAGUUGAGGAACAUAAAGAUUUAGAAACUACUGCUACAGCUACACAAAACAUUCCGGAAACAGAUGUAAAACUCUUGGAGAAUGUACAAACUACCACAACCCCUGAAACUGAAUCUACAAUCCCCUCCCUUUCCCCCACUAUAUCCUCUCCACACAGCUCCCAUACAGAACAAAAUGUAAGUCUUGCUUGUAAACUAACACCAUUAGCUAAAGCUACUACUACCACUCUAAUAAAUGUGGCGGCUGAUACGACAACGGCGCUCCAGACAGCAGCAACAACUGCAGCAGCAUCUUUGAUGCCAGCUGUUGUGGGCACUUUAGUGCCGGCCGUGGUAAGUGCGGUAACAGCAGAUACGACAACAACAACAACUACAAACGAGGAAGAAAAACCAACCACAACAACUGAAGAAACAGUAGAGUUAACAUCAACAACAACAACAACAGGUAUUAACACUACCACUUCAACAGUCAUAGCAACACAACCACAACAACAUACCACACUUGUAAACAACACAUUAGUAGGUGAACCACAACAACAACAAGUGAUGGAAUCAACAGCAACCACAACAACAACAACCCAGCCUAUACAGUGUAUACCACAAACAGAAACUAAAACUACAACUACCACGGUUACCGAUGAACUAUAUAGGCCUGACUUUAUAGCCAGUCCACCGGAGGCAAAUGUCAUUAGACGUACCACAACUACUACAACAGUAACAACAACAACAACUGUUACCGGUUCGGGUAUACAACUCGAACGCCAACCGCAGCAGCUACAACAGGCGAAGGAUGUUUUAAACCAAGAUGUUGAUGAAUUGCUUCAAUCGCUAACGACAGUCGAAGGUGCCAUAGCAUACUUGCCACAGCACAGUUUGGAUGGUAUGCUGCAGGGUUUGAAGCUAAUCCAAGAGAAUCUAGAAUAUCAAGAACAGGAAGCCCAAAGACUUAAAACCUUAAGUCAGACAUUGCCAACAGAUCCCGCUACAGAAAGACUACUUAAUGAAAUCACCGAUCGUAUAGAUCUACUAUUGAGACGUACCCAACAGGGUAUUACCAUGAUAGCGAAUGCCGCUCAUGCCCAAAAGAAACGCACCCAAGAAUUGGAAGAAUAUCAAAUUCAUUUGGAACAAAUUGAAAUUUGGAUUAAAGAAGUUACACAAGAGCUUAAGAGUUUAGAACUAACAGCCGAUAGUCCACAAGAUGAACCCACCCUGAAGGCUCAAGUCGAAAAGAGUCAACAGUUAUUGCGUACUUUGAAAGAACGUCAACAGUCCUUAGAAGAUUUGGUGGAAAAAACGAAACCUUUAUUGGCUCAUGAUGAUGUAGCUGAAUUGGCUAAUAACUUAGUGGAACAAUUACAAUAUGUCAUUGUUAUACUAAGAGAACAAAUAACAGUGGCCACUAAACGUAUUUACACCAUUGAAACUAGAAUUGUGGAAUUGAGACGCUCUAAACAAGAGGAAGAACAACGCAAGAGAAUUUUGGCGGAACAACAAAUACAACCUCCCACACGCCAAACUGAGGAGUCAGUAGAAUCAAAUGCCAGCACUGUAGACUCCAGUCCAAUGCCUGAAGAAGAGGAAUUGCCACAGGCUGCCUAUACUGUAGAGACACAAACUUCAGCUAGCUUGGAAAUGCCUAAGGAAGAACCUAAGGAAUAUGCUAAUGUUGAGGCCCAAACCAGUUUUGCUGCUAGUGCAGCAGUUCCUGUAGAAACUGCCGAAAUGUCUAUGCAAACUCAAAAGAUGGUAAAACCCACUGAAAAUAUUACUAUUACACAAAUCCAAAAACAAGAUGGUGAGAAGCUUAUACAAAUCGAUACAGUGCCAAAUGUUGAAGUGCCCGAUGUACCGGAAAAUGUUGAAAUUGAAGCACGUUAUCAUCAGAAACCUCAACAGGAUGUUGAAAGAUCUACCGAGUUAAUAUUGAAAAAUGUGCCGGAAGUUUUCGAAACCACAUUUGUAGAACCAGAUGAAACUACUACAGAAGUUGUGGUAGGACCAGAUGGUACUAAGCAUAUAAUACUAAAGAAAAUCACUCGUACACGACAACAAAUUGUUCAGCAACAACAAGUGUCUUCACUGGAUACAGUAACCGAUGCUGAAGGCAAUAUACAAGUUCAAUCAACUGAUCAAGUAAAUCUGGAAAAUAUUCAAACUGUAGAGAAGACACAUGAUGAUAAGACGGGAUAUACAACGGUUAUCACUCAACAGACACGUGGCACUUUGGUGGAUGGUUCCAAUCCGGAAACUGUUAUAAUUCAAGAAUUUGAAACACCACCUGUAGUAGAGAAAUAUGAAGAACUACAUUCUCCAGAAGUAGAAAUGCAAGGUGUGCCAUUGCAUGAAGGUGAUGUAGCCUAUUUGGAUCCACAAAACUUAGGACUGAUCGAAGGUUCCACCCAAGGCAGUAUUAAGGCUGUUGUACAACAAGUUACCCGUAGAGUUAUACGUAAAACACGCAAAAUCAUCAAGCGUAUUGUGGUAAUCGAUGGCAAAGAACAUGUCACCGAAGAAGUUGUUGAAGAACCCGAAGAAAUCGAAGUCAAUGAAGAACAAAUGCCACCCGAAAUCAGUGUUAAUAUAGUGCGCACUGUCAAUGGUAAAGUGGUAAGCGAGGAGGAGUACGAACGCCUUAUGCAACAACCUAGUGUUGUUGUACAGGAAAUAUCGACUGAUAUAACCGAUGGUACACGCACAACUCCCUUACAGGUAUUUAAUAUUGAUUCUACCACUUUGACCACUACAACAACAACAACCCCCACUGAACCACACGAAACACAACAACAGCAACCAGAACAAGAACAGCCAAAACAAACAACAGAAACUUUCGAACGUCCUCAAACUCAAGCACCCAAAGUAGAAAUUGUUGACUUACCUGCACCUAAAGUAGAAAUUGAACAAGUUGUUGACACUGUAGUUAAAACACCAACUGCCGAUGUCGUCUCAACAAAAUCCGAUGAAAUUGUUUCAGUUGUAACAAUUGAAAAGGAGGAACCCAAAGUUGAAGAUCUCCAGGAAAUAUGGCCGGUACAACAUCACCUACAGCCAACAGAUAUUGAAUUUUCUAAACAUACAGAACCAGUUGCACCAGCAGUUGUUGCUGAUGUUGUGCCUACUACACAAUUAACCGAACAAAUUUGGCCUCUAAAUGAUGAAACUGGUUAUUCGGUUAAUUUAGAGAAUUAUGAAUUUGAGAAACAUAUUCAACAGCCCCUAGAAGAAGAUGAACAACCCAAAACAUUUACAAUUAUACCAGCUGAGGAGGAAGAAAUUGUCGUUUCGAAAUCCGAAGUUGAAACAGUAUUAAUACCAGAGGUACCCAAGGUCAAACAGGAGGAAAUUGUCUCUGUUGAGGAGACAAUUGUAAAAGAAGAAAUAUCUUCUCCUAAAUCAGAAGUUGAAACAGUAUUAACACCAGAGGAAACUAGGCUUAAACCAGAAGAAAUUGUGUCUACCAAACCAGAAACAGUGGAGGAAAUUGUAUCUCCUAAAUCAGAAACAGUAUUAACACCUGAGGAAUCGAAGGUUGAACCAGAAGAAAUUGUCUCUACUAAACCAGAAACAGUUGAGCAACCUCAGAUAUUGGAUACUACAACCGAACCAACGGAAAAGGAAACUAAAGAUACUGAAGAGAUACAUAUUACAGAGGUUACAUCAGAACAACCUGAUACUGAAAUUGUUAAGACCACAACCGAAACAACUGUAAUCGCUGAAGAGAAACCUCUAAGAGAAACUCAAGAGGUUACUGAACCCGAAAAACCCGAUACAGUUGUUGAGAAAAUUCCAGAAAUGGCUACUAUAACAAUUGUAAAAACCACUACCGAAACAAUUUUGCCCGGCAUAGAUAAACCUGUAACGGAAAGUGAAGAAUUUUCACAUCAUCUAUCGAAAACGCCAACCGAUGAACCUAUAGAAUCUCCCUUCCAAACUGAUGACUCUGUGGUUAGCGCUUCCAGUGAAGAUCUACUUAUUGGAAAAUCGCCGAAAGAUAAAACAAAAUUGGAUAUUAAAGCCACCACACAGCUUUUUAUUUCGGGCGAAGCUACUGCAACUCCUAUAACAAUGUCCGCACCAUCUAUUGAAGGCAAUGGAUCUAGUGUUCUUAAGGUUACUUUGCCCGAAACUGAAGGCUCUGAAUUAGCUAAUGUACCAGCUAAAAUGUCUUUGACUAUUGUAGAAACUGGUACUGCCGAAGAGCCCGUCGUGGAGGCCGAACACGAUAGCAAGCGAAGUAAAAAGAAAAAGAAGAUAAAAGAUCCCACGCCAGCGGUUGUGGAACCCAAACCAAUUGAGCAUUUAGCAGAAAGUGAAGAACUGGCAGCGGUCUCUGAAGUUCCUCACGAACAAAAACUGGAAACUCCCAAAGAGGAAGUUGUAACUGAAGAACCUUUAACACAGCUUGAAGAAAGCUCUGCUGUUUCCGAUGUAGGUUAUGAGCCAGAAGAUAAAACUAUGGAUGAAGAACAGCAGACUGAGGAAGGUAAAAAGAAAAAACUCAGUAAAAAGAAACAACCCCUCAAGGUUUUAGAUGAAGAUGAUACGCACAUGGCUUUAACUUCCUUAGAAACCGAUGAUGAUAAAUCGGAAAGUUUGAAAUCUGAAGGAAAACUAUUCCAAGAAUCUAUUUUGGAAAUCAAACCAGACAGUGAAGUAUCAAGUAUCUCAGUAGAUGAAACAGUUAAAGUGGUGGAAGAAGCUAUACUAACACCCGAUUCUGAAUCCCCACGAGAACCUCUUAAGGAGAUAGUUAAGCCUGUAGAUGUUAUAGAAUUAUCCUAUGUUAAGGAUGAAGAACAGCAGACUACACCGCGCCAAGAACCCAAAGAAGAAAAGCCAGAAGUUUCAUUAGAGCUAGAGGUUAAGGAAGUUCAAACAUCACCAGAGCCUCGUGUGCCACAAGAGGAAGUUUCCAUACAAACCACACCUAAUAACAGUGAAUCGGAGUCUCAAACCAUUAUUGUUAAAGUAAAUGAAACCGAAGUGCAAACAGACCUGGUGGAAGAGGUAAAGCAAGAACCAACUGCGGUCAUACCUACAGCAACUUCUGAAGUUCAAACCGAGGAUAUGCAAGCCAAGCCAGAGAUGUCACACACCUCUAGUCAAACGUUUGUUAUAACAACUUCAGAACAGGAACUACAAACAACACCACAAGUUGCAACCUCCGAACCCCAAGUCUAUACAAGUGAUAUUGUUAAUCCACUUGUUAAGGAGUUUGUUAGUGAUAUUACAUUCGAUUUGCCCGAAAAACAGAUUGAGACUAAAGAACAUGCCACUCUAACCGAAACUGUAACAAUACCAGAAGCAGUGCCACAAGAAAUGACGGAUGUACCAACGCAAACAUCAUUGAUUGAAAUAACUCCAACUGAACAAACAGAUCAACAAACUUCCACCAUAGAGUUUGUGCUAACAACCACCACAACCGAUACACAAACCUCACCCAGAGAAGAAGUACUUGAAGUGAAAGAGCCAAGUUUGGAAGAUUUCUCAGUAACCUCGACAGAGCCCUAUGAAUUAGAGAUACAAACAACUGUUACCAUACCACCAGAGUCGGAUGAUUCCGAAAGUCAACCUAUUGUAUAUGAACAUAUUGAAACUAUUGAACAUCCUAAGAGUAAAGAACCAAAAGAUGAUGAAACAAAUGUUUGUGUUCAUUUGGAAUUCGGUGAAGAUAAGACAGUGGAACCGGUAGUAACGGUACAAACUGCCGAAAAGAAACCCCAAGCAGUACAAUUGCAAAUUACCAAAACCACUGUAAUUGAAGAAUUCCCCAAUCUACCGGCUCAUGUCAGUGAACAAAGUAAGGUUAGCAUUUCCUCUCAACAAAGCUCUAAACCACGUAGCCGACCUACCUCAACCGUUACCAUCGAAGAGGUUACUUCGCCUACUGAGGAAAUUGCAGUUCCUAUAACACCGGGACCAGAUAAUAUGCCAGACGAAAGCAGCAACGAAAGCAUUUGGAUGACUGCUGCUACCAUAGCACCCAGAGAGCAAUCUGUUAAGGAUGUUUCCCAAGCUUUAAUCAUGUCCGAAAGUCUACUGCAUUAUCCUGGUCAACAAACUAUCAUAAUCGAAAGACCUGAUGUAUGGGCCAAGACCAAGCAAUCUAUUGGAGGUAGAAUCACGCAGAAAAAGGAAGUUGAAGUUCAACCCACUCCACUUAGCAAUGUCUUGCAUUUAGCCACCCUCUCACAUCAAAUUCAAGAAAUACCAACUGAACAAAGAGUUGAAGAAGUAAAUGAAAGUUUGAAUGACCUAGAGAAGGCUGUUAAUAGCGGUGAUGAGUUGAAAAUUCAAACAACUGUUAUAACAGUUAUUGAAAAAAUAUCCACCUGGUUGGAAACCAUUGAGUAUCGUGUGUAUUUGAUUAGACAACAAACUAAUGAUGGUCCUUCCGAAGAAAAACUCAAGAGUUACAAUGAUCUUAACGAAGAGCUAAAUACUAUUGGUCAAAGUGUAAAUCAUUUAGAGGGACAUUUGGCUAAAACGAAUACCAUCAACCAGCCUGAGGUACAACAAUGCUUAGAUACUCUUAAGAUGCACAUUAGUGCGGUUGAGGAAAAAACCCAAGACAAUCAAAAACAAGACGUUAAGGAUCUGGAAAAAUGGAAUAACUUUUUGGUAUUGGUACAUCGUAUUUCGGGACUUUUGGAAGAUCUACAAGAACGUUACGAAGUUAUUGUCAAUCAUGAUAGUACUUUGAAACAGAAACUUACUUCAUUAGAAGAACUGGAACUGCAGAACAAUGAUACUAUUGUUCAAAUCUCUCAGCUGAUGUUAAACGCUAGAGCCUUCCAAAGAGAUUUCCCUGGCAAGAAGGUACCACAAGAUAUCUACACUGCCUAUGAGUCUUGUCGCAAUAUUAACAACAACAUUAUUGCCGAAAGAGAUCGUCUCUUGCAAUUGCAAGCUUUGGCUGAUGAAUAUGAACAAACCUUGAAAGAGUUCACCAAUAUCACCGUUUUGGCUGAUAAACUAGUUGAAGGUCCCAUAAUAUCCAGCACUUUGGAACAAUUGAAUAAUGAGGUUCAAAAACAUCGCAAAUUCUUUGUCAAUCUUAGUCAUUGCCGUGCCAUGCUGGAAUCGUUGGAGGAGAAUAUAGAUAGUGAAACUCGAGAGAAGCAUUCAGAAUUACACAAAGAGUUAUACAAUAGAGCUAAUAUUCUAUUGGAAAAGGCUUCUGAAAGGUCGUCUAAACUAGUGCAGGCCGCUUCAAGAUGGACUGUUCUAGAAAAAGGCAUGAAGGAUGAACAGCAAUGGUUACAAGUUGCUCAGCAAAGAGUUCCCGAUUUAUCGGCGGUAACUUCGGCCGAUUAUGAUCAAUACACCACGCUCUAUCAAUCUUUGAGCCAGGAUAUAUCCCAUCACUAUGUGAAAAUGACCAAUCUGUCAAAUAUUGCCAAUAAACUUCAAGACCUGGUCCAAGCUCCCAAUCUGGUAGAAGAGACUAAUGAUGCCCUUAUUGUCCUAUUGAAAUUGCGUGAAGAAGUUUCAGUUUACCUGCAUCGCUUACUUGUUUUCAAGGAUAUUUGGACUCAAUAUGUCAAUCAAACCGACAAAAUGGAAGCUUUCGUUAGAGAAAGUGAAAAGGAAUUGAAAAUGAUACAAAUACCCGAAUAUCCUUUGGAACAACCUAUCGAGCAUAUGCGUCAAUUCUGGGAAAUUAAAGCCCAAUUCGAAAUGCAUAACAAUAUACGCACCGAAGCGGGCAAUACCUUUGAAAAGUCUCUACAGGUGAUACCACUUGCCGAUGAAAUGUUGCAAAGACAAUUCCAUGCUCAACUCGAGGACAGAUGUAAUGCUGUAGCAGAAAACAUUGAACGUAUACAAAACAAAAUAGUACGUUCCCUGUCGUCAGAAGAUGUAGCACCAGAAGAUAAACUGAAAUUGAUAGAACGUGAACUACAGGAAAUCUACUUGACCAUGACCAGCAUGAAGGGUGUUAUCAAGAACGAUGAAGAACUUUGUCUCUACAUCGAACGCAUACAGGUCUUGAGAACACGCGUAGGUUUCAUAGGCAAUGAAUUGGGCCGUAUCGGUCUGCAAGAGCCCGCUAUUGAACCCGAAAAAGUGGGCGAACUCUUUGCCUUGUCACACAAAAUAUCCACCCAAAUUGCCGAAGAAUUGGAAGGAGCCGCUCUAUUGCGCCAACAGCUAACCGCCAUUCAAGAGGGCAUCUCGAAUUUGCGCAAACAUCAAGCUAAACUAUCCGUUAUUUUAGAUGAAUGUGAAAAUGCCGAAAAACUAGACAGUGAUGCCAUUGAAAAGGCUGUACUCGAUUGCCAGACUGUCGGCGAAGAGUUAAUAGGUGCCUGGCAGGAGAUUAUGCGUACUCGUCAAAUGUUACAUACUCUACCAAUGCGCCUUAAGAUGUCAGUCUCACCGGUUAAACUCGAACGUGAUAUAUCCCAAUUGCAGGAUGAUCAUGCCUUCCUCGAGAGCAAAUGUACCAAUAUUAUGACAAUAUUGCGUAAUCGCUUAGCUCUUUGGAUGCGUUAUGAGAAACAAUUGGAACUGGUACACAAUUCCGUUCAGGAGACCGAUUUCAUGAUGGAGCUUUUGAAGGUUCACGGACAAGUUGAUUAUGAGCGUUUGCGUAAGGCCACUGAACGUCUAGAGGGACUCGCUGGUGAUUUACAAAAUCGCGAGACUUUGUUAGACGAUUUACAGACGUCGGCAAAACCCUUAAUCGAAACUUGUGAUUUACAAAUUGUUGAACAAAUUGAAUCUGCGGUUCAAGAAGCUGUAGUGGCCUGGAAUGAUACCUCCGAUAAUUUACAAACGUUGUGUGAACGUUAUCAACGUGCUGUAGAACUUUGGCAUAAAUAUCGUAACGCAUCAGCUCAAGUUAAAAACUACAUUGAACAACAAAUGGAUACAGUUAAGACCUUCAAUAAGCCCUUGGAAUCGCUGCAACAUGCCAAGACUUGCCAAAAUAAUUUAAAUAGCCAGGAUGAUAAACUCUUAGAACUGCGUGAUAUAGUUACUAAAAUCGCCUCCGAUAUUGGUUUAGAUGCCUCCAAUUUCAUGCAAGGCGAACUAGAGGAGCUGGGUCAACGUUUGGAAAAUUGCAAAGAGACCAUUACCACAUUGGCUCAUGUGGCCGAGGUGCAAGAACGUGAACGCAAAGAAGUUGAACAGAAUUGUACCGAAGCCAAGGAAUACUUUAAUAAUGUUCGUCAGGAUCUGGCCCAGGAGACACGCUCACCCAAGGAGUGUGAGGAACAAUUGACGGUUUUAAGAAGUCAUUUACAAACCCUGGCCAAUACCGAAGAACAAUUAAAACAAUUGCGAGAACGUGACAUAGAGUCACCCGCCGAAGAACUGCAAUCUCGCGAUGAAACCUCAAUUAUUGAAGUAUUGGAACUGUGGCAAAAGAUCUUCCAGGAUACGUUCCAUGAAUACCAUCGUCUGUCGGCUAGAUUGGUGCGCACACAAAACAGUACUGAAGCCUUCCGUUUGUGGCGUCAAUACUUGCAACAUGUACACUCCUUCCUCUCCAGUGCCAUACCCGAAGAUUAUACCGCUCUCAAAGAACAACAGCAUUUGUGUGAGAUUCAUGAGAAUCUAAUGGUGUCACAGCAAAAUGUUUUGGCCUCCCAUACAGAAGCUGAACAGCAAGUGGAGCCCGAGGUUAGUGAACAGUUUAAACAACUAACCAACAUGCACAAUGAAACCCUGGCACGCAUUACUCAGCGUAACAGUGAGUUGGAGAGACGUAUCAAUAUAUGGCGCACCUAUAGACAAGAUUUAACGGUACUAUUGGAAUGGCUAAAGGAACGUGAGAAGGACCGCAAUGCUUUGCAAUUAAGAUAUAUACACCUCAAACGUUUGCCACGCCUACGUCAGCGCUUGGAUGAGUUAAUCAAUCAAGUACCUGUAGGUGAACAAAUGGCCAACAAGCUUAAAGCUCAACAGCAAGAACUCAUCAAGUUCUGUGAUGAUGCCUUAGCUACUUCGGUGCGCAUGGAACAAGCUAGUGUAGUGCAGCGUGUAACAAAUCUUAAGGCUGCUUUGGAAACCUGGUUUGGUUUCUUGCAAAAGAUUAAGGAUUUGGAACACAGCUAUGAACAACAGCUAACAGAGGUGCAAAGUGAUUUAGCUGUAGCCCAAGAAUUAGUGCAAAAGACUGAAGAAUCUCUACCCACCAAUGCCGAUGCGAUACAAGAAUGUUUGGGUCAACUUAGAGCCCAAAGAGUUCAAUUAUCCAAACAUACUCCUACUCUGGAAAACCUGAAUGUUUUACAAGAGGAACUUAAAGAAUGUAUUAGUCCCCAUGACAUGAAGACUAUCAGACAAACUAUAUGGAUCUUAUGGCAACAACAUGCCGACUUGGACUAUGAACUGUCUACUCUUAUCAAUAAAAUAGAGGAAAGACUAAUGUUGUUGGCCAACUUUAAUAACCGUUACGAACGUUUAUCCAAAUGGUUGGAUAAAUUGGAGGAACGUUUGGAAAGAACUUCCGAUAUUUCUGCCAUGGCUAAUCCUGAGGAAUUUGCCAAACAACUGGAAAAACAAAUAAAUACCGAACUAACACUCAGGGAACGUGAUCGUGAAUGGUUGCUUUCCUCAGCCCGCGAAAUAAUGGAAUUGUAUGCCGACAAUAGCCAACAUAGUGAAACGGUAAGAUCCGAGGUCCAAGAGAAAUCCGACAUGCUAAUCGAUAGAUGGGAUCGUGUACGUUAUUUGUGUAAACAACGUACUAACAAAAUCAACGAUUUGAAAAUGACGCUACAUAGACUGGAGGAAAGAAUAGCUUUACUCAGAUCUUGGAUGUUUGAGGUGGAAUCUGAGUUGGGUAAACCUUUAACCUUUGAUUCCUAUACCCCGCCUGUUAUUGAAAACAAAUUGAAAGAACACGAAAAGGUGCAACGUUCCAUCGAACAAAAGUCUAGUAAUGUGGGUGAGGUCUUAAAUCUGGUGGAAAUGUUGCUAAACGAUGCCGAUGCUUGGCGCAGCCAUUUAAAUACAGCCAAUUUAGCUUUGGCCGCCCAAAACCUAGAACAAAGAUGGAAACAUGUGUGCAGUCAAUCGGCCGAAAGAAAACAACGCAUACUCACAGUUUGGAAUAUGAUACAACAAUUGAUUAAAAUGACCACAGAAAAUAAGAACUGGAUACAAAAUCAGGAAACCGAAAUUGCCAACUUGGAAAGAGAUCUCGAUAAAUUAUCGAAGGAACAAGUGCAGGAAAGACAACAAUUGGUAGAGCAAAAACUUCAACAAUUGGAAAGUCAACAAGGCAAUUUCAAUCAAUUAAGUCAAACUUAUGCCAAAUUAACCUCCAGUUCUGGAGUUGAUCCAGAAAAUAUACAAAAACUAACCAUGCCCACUAAGAUGAUGUUAGGCAAAUGGCGUCAGCUGCAACCCAGAUGUCAUGCCAUUACCGACAUCAUUAAUAAAGAUUUGGCUUUGUAUAGAAAUUUCAAGAAAGCUCAAGAUGAGGCCGUUAAUACUCUACAACUCCUACAGACAGAUGUGGCUAAACUAAACGAAAGCUCUAGUAAAACUCCAGAGGAAACUAAGAAAGCUCUUAAGCGUAUAGAAAGUCUCGAGGGUAAAUUGCUAAAGGCUGAGCAACAGGUGCAAGCUGUGGAACAAUUGGCUACUGAUGCUAAGGUUAAAUUAAGAAAACAAGAAGAUAUUACCACCAUAAUGACCCUAAUAACACAAUUGACUACCUUGUGGCGUGAAGUACAAACACGUAUUGUAACAACAAAAACUGAAUGUUUAGCCAAGGCUUUACCCUUAGGAGUAGCAGCUGGUGAAACACUCAUUAGCGCUACUAAAGUAAACGAAUCAGAAGCAGGCGUACAAGUAGAUACAUUAUCCAAACGCAAACUACGCAAGGCGCCCAUGGUGCGUGAAACUUCUAUAACUGCCAAAGAUGCCUAUAUAAUGGAAUUGGAAACUGCCAUCACCGAAUGCCAGAGUAAUUUGGAUGAUUUGCAAAAGACCAUUUGUGAUAAGACACGCAAGCCGGGUCCACAAAAAAUGUCCAAACUCUUGGGCAAUGCACAAUCAUCGACAGAGCUGGUCAAACAUUUAAGUCAAAUGCUAUUAAGUGAAUGUAAUGCCUCCAAUAAGGAUGCCCAAACAGACACCGUGGCAGAGCUAACGCUGCGCUUCGAUACUUUGCAAUCGCAAUGGAAGGCGCGUCAGCAACACGAUCAAAAUGCAAGCAACUUACCCAUUGCUUCCAAGUAUAGUUGUACACACGAGAUCGGUCGACUGACAUGUCCGCUCUGUACACAACGCAACUGGCAACAAAUCGACAAUGAUCUCUGGCGUCUCGAACAGUGGUUACAAUUUGCCGAAGGUACACAAAAAUCUCAGGCAUCACCACCCUCAAAUAUCGAGCUACUCGAAGAUGUUGUACAAGAUCAUCGUGAAUUCCUGCUCGAUUUAGAAAGUCACAAAUCGAUCAUAUCCUCCCUGAAUGUGGUGGGUGAUCAUUUAGCUACACACACUAUGGAUCACGAAAAGGCCCGUCAAUUGAGAGCACGUCUCGAACAGGAUAAUGAACGUUGGAAUAAUGUCUGUAUUAAUGCCACUAAAUGGCAGGGACUACUACAGACGGCACUCAUGGGUAAUAGUGAAUUCCAUGCCAUCAUAGAUGAGCUAUGUACUUGGCUGCAACAAACCGAGGCUAAUAUUAAGGCCUCAGAACCCGUCGAUCUAACAGAGGAUCGUGCCAUACUCAAGGCGAAAUUUGAUAAAUUCAAAGAAUUACGUGCCGAACUAGAACGUUGUGAACCGCGCGUAGUUAGUCUACAAGAUGCAGCCGAUCAGCUGCUUAAAACGGUCGAAGGUUCAGAGGCUGAAUCAUCACAAACCUAUGCCAGAACCCUUUCUAGGCUAACCGAUCUGCGUUUCCGCUUACAAUCCCUAAGACGUCUAUCGGGCAUUUAUAUUGUAAAACUUGGUGCCGUUUUGGGUGUUGAUGGUGAUAAUCUGGGAGUCUCCUUACAUAUGUUGUCUAAUGAGCUUUUGGAUCAAUCUGUAACUUCAUUACCUUCUUCCUCUUCUAUGCAGGCUGCCGCACCAAACACUGAUAAUGCAAACGCUCACGAGGGCGAUGCUGUAGAUGGCGAUGUCAUAAAUACCACCGUACUUGCACGAGGCGCUCGCUUCCUAGGACGUGUUGCUCGUGCCUCACUGCCCAUACAAGCGCUCAUGUUACUGUUGUUGGGUGUUGCCACACUUGUGCCCCACGGUGAAGACUACACCUGCAUGUUUUCGAAUACCUUUGCCAGAAGUCUAGAGCCUAUGUUGUCGUAUCCUAAUGGACCGCCUCCGGUUUAAAAACAAUUUAAAUUUAGAAUUGUAAGAUAAAAGAUAAUUUUAUGUAAAAAACAAAAACUUAAACUGUUGAUUACUCUAACUUCUCUACUCAAAAUGAAAAGAAAUUUAAAUUUGUAAAUUAUAAAUAUUUUGUUGUAAAAAAAAACCAAGAAAAUUUCUGUAAAUGUAAAUUUUUUCACAAUUUUUUGUAUGUAGUUUUAAAUUAAAUAUUUUUGUUGUAAUAUUUAAAGGCAAAAAAAAAAUCUCUAUAUGUUAAAGUAUGUGGAAAAUAAUUCAAUAUUUGUAAAUUUUAUGGAAUGCUUUAAGAAGAAAGGAAACUUAUAAAAAAAGACGCGACUUAUAUAAUUUAUUUGUACUAAAAAAAAAAUUAUUAAAAAAGAAAAAUUCUACGAAACGCACAUUAUAAAAAAACGACAUAAACAGAACUAUAUUUUAUAUGAAACGAAAUUAUACAGAAUCUAGAAUCUGUUUCAAAUAACAUUAUCGUGGAACAUUUUGUUAUUUGAAACAUUUCAUGACUUAAAAAAAAAGAAUCAAAAACUAAAAGGCAAUUUAUUUAACAGUUAAACUAAACUUUAAGUUCUGUUUUAAAAAUUAACACCCUCCAAAAACCUAUGGCCCAGUUAAAAAGCAAGUUUCUAAAACAUUUAAAAAACUCAAAAAAAUCUCCCAAAAUUUCCUAGAGUUUAAUAAUUUAAUGUUUAAAAUUAGGAAAAUUAAACAAAUAUUACUUACUCUCCAGGUAAUAUAAGUUUUUAAAAUUUUCUUAAUAUUAGAAACUCUUUUUAAAACACAUUCCCUUUUAUAAUUUUUAAAACAAAAUUUUAAGUUUAUUUACCCUUUAAAUAAAUUGCUAAAAAAAAUUAAAAUUAUAUAUAUAAAAAAAAAAAUUCAAAUCAAAUAAACGAAGCAGCAAGUGUCCUAUGCCGGUGCUAAACCAACAAUAAAAUUAAUUAACAAAAAUUAUAAAAAAUAAACGAAAAUAAAUGUUACUAUUUGUAAAACUUCUUAAUCUUUUUUUCCUUAAAAAAAAAA